UUGACAUAUCUAUACAUUUAAAAAAUCAAUGGUCACAUAUAAAAACAAAUGUCAUGUGGUUGUUGCCAUUAGUGUCAAAAUCGUUGGUAAAAGUCAGAAGAGCUGGUGUUUGUAGUAUAAGAAUAUUGUCUAACAAACAUUUUUCCAUGUACACAGUAAAUAUGAGUGAAUCUUUAGAAACUAAGGUUGCCGAAAAAACCAAGCAACUGGCUCCACCUCUUACAAAUGAUCGGCAUAAAGGUCAAGCCGGGAGAAUUGGUGUAUUCGGCGGGAGUCUUGAAUUUACAGGUGCCCCAUAUUUUUCUUCUAUAAGUUCCUUAAAAGUAGGAGCCGACUUGGUAUAUGUUUUCUGCGCUAAGGAAGCGGGAUUAGUUAUUAAAUCCUACAGUCCUGAGCUGAUAGUUCUUCCAAUUCUGGACCAACCGAAUGCUGUAGAACAGAUUGAACCGUGGUUAGAGAGGCUACAUGUCGUCCUCAUAGGACCCGGCUUGGGGCGACUUCCUUCCACUUUUUCUGUCAUCGAGAGUAUUAUUAACAUAUGCAGGAAUAAAAAGAAGCCACUUGUAAUCGACGCCGAUGGUCUAAUUUUCAUAUCCGAAAAACCAGACAUUAUCAAAAACUAUCCCGCACCGGUAGUACUAACGCCAAAUGUUAUGGAAUUUGGUAGACUGGUGGGCCAAAACACCGGCGAUGGUACUAAAUUAGAACGUUCCUCGACAUUUCUAAACAAUCUCGGUUGUCAAGUCACUAUCUUAUGUAAGGAUCAUGAAGACGAGAUAAUAAGUGGCGGUAAAAGCGUCAAAGUGUCAGGAGGAGGUUCGGGAAGAAGGUGUGGUGGCCAGGGCGACUUGCUGGGGGGUUCUUUGUCCACCUUCUUAACGUGGGCUUUGGAGAAGCAAUUUGAGCCAGCUGUGGCUUGUUUCGCUGCCUGCAGGUUGGUCAGGGAUUGCAACGCCAGGGCUUUCGCGAAGUUUGGAAGAAGCAUGACCGCGACGGAUAUGAUACAUGAGAUCCACGACGUGUUUCAUGACAACUUCGAAUUGAAAUAAGCGGGUGGAAUGUAUAGGGCGGCUCGAUUGUUGUCGGUUUUGGAAUCUUAACCAGGAUUUUGUGUGGAACUGAUUAUUAAAUACUUUGCAAUGCAUUUCUGAAAAUAUGUUGUGGGAAGUUAUGGUACAAAACAUUUUGUUAUUUAUCAAUAAAUUUUUUGUACAGCGUGGUGGCAAUAGAAUUCUUAAUAAUUUGUAUAUGCAUACAUAAAACUUGAAGAAUAUUUUUUAUCCAGAUCAAUUUUAUCAAAGAUGAAAUGGUUUAUUGAAAAAAUA